UUUCGAACUGAAUUUCAUUAUUUGAAAAUAUCCAACGUCUUAUAUGACAAAUAAGAGAAACAAAUAAAAGUAAGGAUUAAAGUAUUAAUAGGAUGACUUAUAUAAGUGUGAUCGCUAAUAUAAUCUGGUUUAUGAGGCCUAGAUGCGGAUGAGAAAAUAGCCGAGAAUAUUUUUUGCUAGAAACUGUUCUGCAAAUCACUUUGCUGGAAAAUCAGAAAUGCAUUGUUUCCAUAUCGACUACUUUCCUAAAGAAGAAUAUAGCCCAGAUCCCAAUGAUUCUACUAUGGCAAUACCUUGUAAGUAUUUUACUCUUUCGGGAAUCGCAAUUCUCACUACUGGCUUGUUCAUCUUGGCAGGUAUGGUAAUCUACAUCUCAACUUUCAAAUCCGAAGUAGGAAACAAACUGAGACCUAAAUCUUCUUUCCAAGGUCCAUUGUUUAUAUAUCAUUACGGUUAUUCCUUUCAAUUGGCAGUUGCAGCUUUGAUGAUGUGCGAACUCGCCGGAACUUUUGCAAUCUUUCUCUAUAUACAUUGGUACAAAGAAGAUAAUAAGAAACAAAUGGAACGUCAAAAAUUUAGCGACUUCACACCAGUCUCGGAUCAUACUCAUUGUCAACGUCAUUGGGAUAAACAGAACAAUUAUAGACCCAGGGAAAGCAACCACGACAUGUCACCCAAGCCAUCUACAAGCAGAGGGCGUCGGAAUACAAACGUUGGACUCCCCCAUUCAGAAUCGAUGAGAGACUUGGCUUAUUACAGCUUUCCUCCAUUUUCUAGAGACACUACAUGCAACACGGUGUCCACAGCAGCAGACAGAGAAUAUUCUCGCGAAUUCUCCUUCGAAACCCUGCGAAGAACAACACCUGUCUGAAACAAUACGAUGUGCCUGGACCAACGGUUACAUAAAAAAAAAAAAAUAAUAAUAUAAAAAAAUAAUAAAUAGCAUUAAAAAAAAUCGAAACAUUUUCCUCAUAUCAGUGUUAGGGACAACAGGAAAAAAAAUCUACAAGUCUUCCCAGAAAAGAGUCUUCAGAAUUGACACAGUCAUAUGGGAAAGACAUAAAAAAAUAAAAAUAAAAAUAAAUGCUCAUAGACACUAAAACAAUUCAUGCAUCCUAUUACUUCCCCUUUUAUUCUACAAUUUCUACAGGAACUUCAGUUAGUCUGUAGUUAAGUCAUAGUGGAUAAAUAAGCAACGUAGCUGGAUUGCUCACUAAAGUCCUCCCCGUGCCUUCUGCA